AUGGAACAUGGUAUGCCGUCUACGAAGUCAAUCAAACCAUCACUUGUUAAAAAGAGAAACACUGCUCAAGAUGUGAGUAAAUCCUGGUGGAGAAUAAAGCCCUUCUUGGCUCUUAUUUGUGUAGCACUUUUAAUCUUUUGGUAUAAGACCACACAUAUUCAAUUUGAAAAAACAGAGCUAGAAGAAGCAGAUUAUCCCUUUAACAUGGCUAAGGAAUCAGAACCAGUCGAUGAGAAGUUAAAAGGCUUGCCUCGUGGUAUCAUAGAGCCUAGAUCAGACUUCGAACUGAAGCCUCUCUGGUCUAGUAGUAGUUUGAGGACAAAGGGUUUAAAAAUGACUAACCGUAACUUGUUGGCCAUACCCGUAGGAAUUAAGCAAAAGGCUAACGUUGACAUUAUUGUAAAGAAGUUUCUUCCAGCGAAUUUCACGGUUGUUCUGUUCCAUUACGAUGGUAAUAUGGAUCAAUGGUGGGAUCUGGAGUGGAGUUCUAAGGCCAUACAUAUAGUUGCACAGGAACAGACUAAAUGGUUGUGGUUUGCAAAACGAUUUCUGCAUCCUGAUAUUGUAUCAAUUUAUGAUUAUAUAUUUAUUUGGGAUGAGGAUCUUGGAGUAGAGAAUUUCAGACCAGAGAGGUAUUUGGAAAUAGUUAAAUCAGAGGGACUAGAGAUAUCUCAACCGGCGUUGGAUUCAAACUCGAGUGGAAUCCACCACAAGAUCACAGUCCGUUCUAGUACAGCCAUAUUUCAUAGGAGAGUUUACAUUAGUAGAGGCCAUAGAAGGUGUACUGAUGCAAGCCAAGAUCCUCCUUGCACAGCAUUUGUUGAAGGGAUGGCUCCAGUUUUCUCAAGAGCUGCUUGGUUUUGCACUUGGAAUCUUAUACAAAAUGAUUUGGUUCAUGGAUGGGGAAUGGAUAUGAAACUAGGUUAUUGUGCACAGGGAGACAGAACGAAGAAUGUAGGGAUCGUGGAUAGUGAGUAUAUCUUUCAUCAAGGCAUUCAAACAUUAGGUGAAAGUGGACACCCUGAGAAGAAGAUAAGGAGGCAAUCCACAUGGGAGCUUCAAACUUUUCAAGAGCGAUGGAACAAAGCGGUGGAAGAAGACAAGAACUGGAUUGAUCCAUCUUCAUCGAAGCGGAAGAGUAACGGUAGUAACAGCAGAUUAAGGCGUGGUAAGAGAAUUCAAGAGACAACAACAGCAUAA